UUAUAGUUAUUUUUAUUUUAAAUUUAUUUUUCCACAGAAGAGUGCUGGAUUAAUUGAGCAAAAACUUGGGGGCAUAUUGGACAGAGCAGGGCCUCAUAUUCGUGAAAUUGACUUUAAUCAUUCAUGGCCUGUCAUUUCUCAAACAAUUUUGGAAAAUAUAAAAGAAAAAUGUUUUCAAUUAACAAAAUUAGAAAUGGGUUGGGUUAGAAUAAAUGCAGACAUUUUACCACUUCUCGAGCAUGUAGCUCCUCAACUUGAAGAAUUUUCACUUGAAGAAAGUACUUGGAUUGGUGAAAAUUCUCGUCAGAAUGAAGCUAAGGCUUCGCAGUUCCUCCCUAAAAUGCAUCGUUUGCGCAGACUUAAUUUGCGCAAAUUUGGUGGGCCAUUGGAUGAUUUGGUCAAAAUUGAAGGAAGUCAAUUAGAAUAUCUCGAUGUUAGUGAAGCCCGACAACUCGAUGCUGAUACCCUCGUUAAUUUCCUCAAUCAAAAUAAUCAACUAAUUUGCCUCCACCUCUGUCCAAUGCCUCGGCAAUGUCUUCAAUUGGUUGCUGCUUCUACUACAUCAGCUAUUAAUGUUCCAACAGCUUUCCUAGGCUUUACUAAACAGGAAAUUAGGGAAAGACAGCGUUAUAAAGAAGAGAAUGGGAAUAUUCCUUUGAGGAGACCCAAAAAAGGAAAAACGGCUGAUCUUCAAACAUUAAUUGGCCAAAUUGGAAAAAUGCCUAAAUUGAGGACUCUUUGGCUUGGAUAUAUUCCUUAUACUUCCCAUUUCCUCGAUAUAUCUCCAAUCGGCAAUGCUACUGAAUUAAAACAUUUACAUUUGAAGGAAUGCAUGUCCUUAGAUGGGAAUUCCUUAAAAUCGAUGCUUGGGGGAAUAUUGAAAGACCAAUUAAGACAACUUUCCCUAUUAAACUGUCAACGAUUGGAAGAAUUCAGUGCUUUAUCUCUUUGCACUUGUUUGACACAAUUGGACAUUGAGAAGAGUAAAGCAUUGAAUGAUGAGGCUCUUAAAGGAUUGGCACAACAUGGAAGGUUAAGAAUUGUGAGGAUAAAUGAGUGUCCAAAGGUCCAUGAUGAUGGUAUCUUGUCAAUAGUUUCCAAAUGUACAGCACUAAAAGAGGUACAAAAAAUAAUUUUGUUUGAUAAAACUGAAGAUGAGACCCUUCCCUUCUUUAAGUGUUAUUUUUUUAAUUUUGGUAAUAGCUAUAAUAAUUAG